AUGUGCUCGGGAACGAACGGUGCACUCACUUUCGAGGAGGAAGUCGAUUUGCAAGGCGAGGCCGACGAUGAAGAGAAGGGAAACGAAAACGACUGCGAGGAGAAGGACGAGACGCGAGAAGCCCGUUCCUCCGAUCUCCUCUUCCGCCGUGGGGAUGCCAGGCCCGGCGUCUCCGUUUUCCUGUACCUCCCUUCGCUUCUCUCUCGCAUUCUCGUUGCUCGACAUCGUGGGUGGCUAGGGGAUGACAGGUACGAUGGUUGUGACGCCCAUAAGGGCAGCGCGUGGGUCGCCUUCACGGUCCCGAUGGACGCGGCCACGUUGGAGUCGGAAGAACAUGGCGGCGCCGAGCGUUCGCACGAGGGAGCGCCCAUGUUGGAUUCGAAACAUGGCGGCGCCGGUCGUUCGCACGUGGUCGUGUCGCUCUUCCAACUGAGAUCAUGUUUCGUCCGCUCCAAAUGGCAGAACAUCAAGCACACCAAAAUGGCAAAGGAUGAAGAGAAAUCCAAGUUGCAUGCCAAGUUCGCCUAUUUGAUUCGCACUGCUGUGAAAGAUGGAGGUGGAAGCACUGAUAUAAAAUUAAACAGCAAGUUGGCAGAAGUGAUAGAAGCAGCAAAGAGUAAAGGAGUGAACAUGUCCACAAUUCAAAAUGCCAUGAAGGCCAGUUCCAAGGAUAAUGCCAAGCCAUACCUCCUGGAAGUUAGAGGACCUGGCGGUUCCAUGUUUCUCCUGGAUGUCUUUACGGAAAACUUAAAGAGGACCAAGCAGGAGAUCACCAACAUCCUUAACAAAACCAAUGCUGCUUGGGCUGAUUCCGGUUUGAGAAACUUGUUUGAGGAGAAGGGGAUCAUCCAAGCAGAGAAUGUGAAAAAGAAGACAUGGGAUGAAGUCUUGGAGGAUGCCAUUGAGGCUGGGAGUGAAGAUGCAGAGGAGGGGCCAGAUGAACUUGUUCAGUUUGUUUGCUCCCCACAAGAUCUGCAAAAAGUGAAGUGCAACCUGGAGGGCCGGGGAUACACGAUCCUGUCGGCCGAUGCAUCAUUCCUGCCCGUUUCGCCCGUCACGAUCUCUGAGAAUCACUUGAAGCAUGUGGAUAAGAUGUGUGAGAGACUUGAGGAACGAGAUGAUGUACUACAGAUUCAUAGUAACCUUGUAUGACCCUUCUAGAGAGUUAUAAUUUUUUCUUACUGGAAUGAAUGUUUUCCAUUCUC